UAAGGUUUCCGUGCAUCCUAGGUUAUAACCAUCAAAUCUACCUGCGUUUAAACAUAUAGGCCUGAAAUCUUUGUUCAAGCUUUUUACAGAGAGUCUGAGAAAAACCCGUAGAACCGAGCAUCGGAGCCACUACCGUUUCUUGGUUGCCAUCAGUUCGCUAAGGGUAGAGGUUUUAUCUGCUAAAAUAAAAAUGUCAAGAAUAUGUGUGAAAAAUUUACCUAAAAAUGUGAGAGAGGAUCGUCUGCGACAAGUGUUCUCGAAAAAGGGGGAGAUUACUGACGUGAAGCUUAUGCGAACCAAAGAUGGCAAGAGUAGGCAAUUUGCUUUCCUUGGCUUUCGCACUGAACUUGAAGCCCAAGAAGUUAUCAAAUACUUCAAUAAAUCUUUUCUUGAUACUUCUAGAAUUAGUUGUGAGAUUGCUCGAAAAGUCGGAGAUCCAGAUAUGCCUCGUCCAUGGAGUAGAUACUCUAAAAAGAAAGAACAAAAUGUGACUGAAAGUGGCAUUGAAGUUUCUACAGAAAAAAAUACCAGCCUCAAUAGUACCCAAGAGGUGAAGAAAACUAAUAUCAAGGGAAUUGAGAAUGAUGAUCCGCAACUGCAGGAAUUUUUUCAAGUUAUGCAACCACGGACAAAGUCAAAAUUGUGGUCGAAUGACACCCUAGUUGCUCCCACAGCUGAGAAAAAUAUCAUUAUCAAUCAGAAGGAAGCUCAAUCAAAGAAAAAAGGCAAACAGAAGUCAGUUUUGGCAGAUGAUGAAUUAAACAAAAAUAACACUCAAUCAAAGAAAGAAGGCAAACAGAAGUCAGUUUUGGCAGGUGGUGAAUUAAACAAAAAUAACACUUCUGAAGCUGAAAAGUCUAUUACUGUUGCUCGUAAUGAAGUCAUCUCAGAUGUUGAUUACUUCAAAAGUAGAGUGAAGAAAGAGUGGUCAGAUUCAGAAAGUGAAACCAGUCAUGGCGAUGACCACGAUGGUAACAACGAGAAUGAAGACAGUGAUAGCGACUCGAGUGAAAAGAGUGAUACCAUGAAAGAGAGUCUCGAGAGCAAGAAAGUUAACAAGUUAGAUCAGCAUGGGCAAGAUUAUAUCAAGGGUGUAGAUCAACUGGAAGUUGAAACAAAAGCUCCUUCUCCAGAUACUGAUGGUGAAAUUCUCAAACCUGAGAAUCCUUCAUCUAAUUUGAAUGAUGAAUUUUUUGAGGCUGGCCGUCUUUUUAUCCGCAAUCUUCCAUAUACCGCAACGGAGGAUGAGCUGGCAGAGCACUUUAGCAGUUUUGGGAACAUCUCAGAGGUCCAUCUUGUUGUUGAUAAAGAUACAAAACGGUCCAAGGGAAUUGCCUACAUUCAAUAUACACUUCCAAAGUAUGCGAUAAGGGCCUUAGAAGAAUUGGACAGUUCAAUCUUCCAAGGAAGAUUGUUGCAUGUCAUGCCAGCAAAAAAGAAAAAAUCAUCCGAAAAGCAAGAGGUCCAUGAUUACGCAAAAGAUGGUUUAAAAACUUUCAAGCAACGUCGGGAGGAAGAAAGAAGGAAAUCUGAACUCGGUGGAAAUACAAGAGCAUGGAAUACUUUGUUCAUGCGAUCUGAUACAGCGGUUGAAUACAUUGCUAGAAGACUUGGUGUGAGUAAGAGUAAUUUGCUUGAUCGUGAAGCUGGAGACCUUGCUGUACGUGUUGCUUUGGUAGAAACGCAAGUGAUGGAAGAGACGAAGAAGGCUUUUGCUAAUGUUGGAGUAAACAUCUCGUCUUUAGAGGAAUUUGCUUCUGGGAAAACUGAUGGCAAGAGAAGCAACCAUGUUCUGUUAGUGAAGAACUUGCCAUAUGGCUCUUCUGAAGGAGAACUUUCUAAGAUGUUUGGGGAAUUUGGUAGUGUGGACAAAAUUAUCCUCCCUCCUACAAAAACAUUGGCCUUGGUUGUUUUUCUUGAACCAUCUGAGGCUCGUGCUGCUCGUGAAGUGUUGGCAUACAAGCGCUACAAGGAUGCUCCAUUGUAUUUGGAGUGGGCUCCAUUCAAUAUCUUUGACAAGAAUCCAACCUCUAAGAGCAAUAAAGAUGGUAAUAUUGCUGUAGGUGAAGUUGAUGCCAAGAGAGUGACGCUGGAGCGAAGUGUGGAAGACAUAUCAGAACUAGAAAUUGAUCCUGAUAGAAUUGAGUCCAGAUCAUUAUUCGUCAAGAACCUAAACUUCAAGACAUCUGAUGAAAGUUUGAAACAGCACUUUAAAGAACAAAUGAAGGGAGGAAAUAUCCUAAGCGUUAGGAUAAAGAAGCAUUUAAAAAAUGGUAAAAACCUUUCGAUGGGAUAUGGUUUCAUCGAAUUUGAUGGUGUGGAUACGGCAACAAGCUUGUGUACAGAUUUACAGGGAACUGUUUUGGAUGGGCAUGCUCUAAUCUUGCAAUUGUGUCAUGGAAAAAAAGAUGAAGAAGUGAGGAAAAAAGUCGAGAAGGAUAAGAGUUCUUCAAAGUUACUUGUGAAAAAUGUGGCAUUUGAGGCAACAAAGAAAGAUCUUAGACAGCUGUUUAGUCCAUUUGGCCAGAUUAAGAGCCUUAGGCUGCCUGAGAAGUUGGGAAAGCAUAGAGGUUAUGCUUUUGUCGAGUAUGUCACAAAGCAAGAAGCGCAAAAUGCACUUGCGGCGCUGGCAAGUACCCAUUUUUAUGGUCGACAUUUGGUUAUGGAGAGAGCUAAGGAAGGGGAGACCUUAGAAGAAUUAAGGAUCCGAACUGCUGCUCAAUUCACCGAAGAGCAUACUCCUGCGAAGGCAUCUAAGAAAAGGAAAAAUAUGUCUGUUUUGGAUCAAGGAACUAUGAAAUUUCAUAGGAUUGGCUCGUAAUUAUGUUAUAUAGAGAACUGGAUAGCCCCAAAUUUGAAUCUUAGGAGCUACUUCAUCUUUACUGCUCUCUUCGUCAUUUAAGUUAACCAACAGUUUGUAAGGAUUUUGUUAACUUCAUCGCUAAAUAGCACGGACAUUUCCUUCAAUCAACAUUUUGUGUUUCGGGUACAAAAGUCUAUUCAACACAGAAGACCUAAAUAACAUUGUUUAGGUACGAGUGUCUAUUGGUGUCCCUGAUGCAUAGUUUCAUUGUAUAGUGUUUCUUUGACGAAUGAGCUAAAGACAUAUCUAUACAUGUUGAAGAACUGGCAAUUGCAUCUACAAUUCCAAGUUAAUUUUUUUGUA